AUGAUAGCCGUUUUCACUGAUACCCAGCUUAUAUGGUGUGGUGUCGCGAGUGCGGCAGCUGCUUUAAGCUACGGCCUCAGAAAUUCUGGGUUCCGUAUUCCACUCCAACUCCCGAGCCCCCCGAGCCUGCCGAGCCUAGCUUUCGCGAGUGAGGCUCUGACACGGAUAUCUCUGGGGAAGCGCAAGCGUAGUUCCUCUCACGUCUCAAAUGCGUCAGCCUCUACGCUAGAGUCAGACCGAGAUAGGAUCGCGUCAGACUCGGAGGAAAACGAAGAUAUCGUUGCCGAUGAGGCUCAAUCCUCAUCGCCCAUUCCAGCGCGGGAUGACGAUGAUACGUACGAAGAUGCCUCUCGUCGCAAGCGGCAACGGAUAUCCGCCGAGCGCGAGGGAAUCGAAGAACUAGCAACCAUCUCGAUGGACGUCGAUGUGCCAUCCCAGGAACUAGAGCCAACCCAGGACAUCAUCCAAGUCGAUGAACCUUCCAAAGACCUAGUUCCCGCUCAGGAAACAGCGGAACCGCCGGUUCUUAACCCCGACUCUUUUGACGUACCUAAAUUGGAACGUCCGCGGUAUAUUCUGCCGUGCGAGUGGACUACAGAAGAUGCCAAUACUACUUCAAACCCCGACUAUCCACGAUCUUCGAAGCCCAGGCGGGCACAUCCAUAUUCUCCCGUGCAUACGAAGGCCACUAACAAGCUGUGCAUCCAGAUUGCUACCGAAGUCGCCGAAGUUGUGACGCCUGCGAGUGAUACGAGCGAAGCGCUGCUGGAAGCGGGUGCGAAUAUUCCUGAUGACUCAUCUUCGGGAGCACGAGUGCCGCCUGCAAACGCGUCUACGGCCAUUACAACGGCCAGCUCGCCGCGGCGCGCAUCAGCAGAUUUCCACCAUACAUCGAGCUUCCCCGCUGCCACUUCCAGCACGUCUACGAAGUGGGCCUCCACUCCGACAUGGGCUUCGAGGUCGGCCUCCACCAUCCCGCCAGCUUUCCCUUCAGGACCACUUAGGCAUCCAGAUGCGUUCUCUGCGUUCGCGUCAACGCAGUCGACGGUCGGUUUCAAGUGUGCUCGAAAUACGGACGAUUCAGCCUUACCCGCCUGGAUGGACACCUCGUCUCCUGCGACACGCACUUCCAUUGAUGACUCAUCGGAACCUGAGAAGCCUUUGGCUAUGCAGGUACAUAAGCCAAGCAGCCACAACUGCAUUACAGGAGAGGAGGACGAGGAUGUCGAGGCCGAUCUGAAGGGGGUUCGACUCCUCGUCAAGCGAGGGAGCAAGGACUUCGUGGACUGUGGACGGGGCCACAUCAAGCUCCUUGAGAGUAAGGAACCUGCGAGCGAACGUCUAGUGUUCCGAAGAGAGCAAGUACUGAAGCUCGCUAUGAACGUACGCUUACGGUCGACUGUGCGGUGUACAUUCAGCGAAGAGGAGAAUGUGCUGCGUGUCAUCCUCAAGGAACCGAGCGAUGUAGGCUCUGAGGAGCUGGUUGUCUAUGCACUCAAGGUCGGCAAGGCAUCAAAGAAAGAGUUUGCCGACUUCGCGGCUUUGGUCGCGGGCAGUCCGCAUCUGAAGGCGGCGUAG